AUGGCGCUUGGACACAUUGUGCGCUGCCAGCGCUUCUUUUGGCUCGGCCUUCGCGACCGUGUGCGGGUGAGCAAGAUGAUAAGUGGCGCCUUGCCCAUCCCCGCUGGCGAUGCGAUGACGUCGGUGGUGCCGGUCAAGGCUAUUCGGGCGGUCGCGGCGGCAGCUCAGCAGACGCCACGGCCGCCACUGCCAUGGUUUGUGCGGCCGUGGAGUCGCCAGCUGCCACACGACCCUGCGUUCGGUCAAUUUGUCGCCCAGCCUAUGGUCGUCCCUAUGUACUGCGGCCUGCGCUUGAUUGACGAGUUCGGCCACGUCAACAACGCCAAGUACCUUGAACUGUGCGAGUUGGCUCGGUGGCGUCAGCUGUCGUUCCUCGGCAUCGGCACCGUGAUGGCGCGGCUUCGCGUGGCGUUCGUGGUCUCCGACGUCUCCGUAACUUAUCAGCGGGAAAUACGACCGUGUAGCACGGUGUGGUUGGUGACGCGAAUUCUUCUCCCGCCGUCCAGCACUGCCUUUGCCGGCCCGCCAUCUUCGUCAUUGUCAGGGGCGGCGCCAUCAUCAGACAAGAAGCGCUUGUACAUUGAACAUGAGAUCUGGAGCAAGGAUGGGCGUAAGCUGCACGCUACGUCGACUCUCGGAGCGGCCCUCAUCGGUCCUGUUAAGUACGAGCAGGAGCUGGCUCGACGCUACGACCCAACUGCUUCCGCCACAGCAGCGGCGGCGCCUCACGCGGCUGCAGGCACCCGUGUCCGUCAGCGUACGACAUUGAACUGCGAGCAAGUUCUGGCUGACGUCUUGGGUCUUUCUUCCGUGGCGGAGCUGCGCAAGCUGUUCGAGUCUGCUGACCAUGUCUGCACCCCCGUUGUGGGUGACGGCGACGCCACCGCCGCGGCUGCGGCCAAAUCAGGUGAGGUGCUUGACAAGGAAAGCGCAGAGCGGCAGGAGCGCAUCGCGGGCCUCACCCACAUCUGGGGCACAUCACGCAAUCAACUGCGCCAUAAGUCGCUCGUCGUGUCUCCGCCACCGUCGUCUUGUAGCACACUCAACUCCAAGACGGGCCCCAAGCUUUGA